CGCCCAUGAAAUCGUCGGAGGCAUCGCCACUACCGCCCAGCCAUGUCCUGCAACUCGCCACGUACACGCCAGAGUAUCUGGAAACGUCGCCAGAUCAUGGAUAUAAAUACGCUGAAGAUGCAUGGCUGGGUCUGUUGCAACGCCAUCGACACCUGUACUUCGACGUGAUGGCACCAUUGGUGCAGUACAGUGUGGACGAUAAGCGGCGGCGGUACUGCAGCAGUAGCCAGCUGCAAACGGCAUCGGUAGCGAUCGAAGAGUCUACUUUGGACGUCAUGCGUCUCCAGCAACAUCUCUUGGUGACGUGGCAUCGUGGUGCAAGGGUAUUCCAAGCCCUGUGGCGAGGGCAUGUUGCGAGAAAGGCCGUGCGCGCGGCGAUGUGGGCCGCACGGAUCAGGAAGACGGAGCGCUUGUUCCGCAUUGUCCAAGGCAUCCGUCGGCUAGCCAUGGCCCGCCGACACCGCCGAGGGUUGAAAGCAUGUCGGCAUAUCAAGGGGCUGGUUAUACGGGCCCAUGCCAACGCCGGUCGGAUCCAACGCCUCGUCCGUCACUACUUGUUCAAGUGCCGACGAUGGAAUGCCGCGACGAGGCUGCGGCAAUGGUACAUUCAUCGUGUCCGCCAUCGCAAUUUGACUACGGCGUUGGCGAGAUUGCACGGAUUUCUCAAACGACAACGACGCAACGCACUGCUGGAAGAGUACACGGCGGCCGCUUUGGAAGCAAGGCGGCACCAGGUCGAACGAGCCCAAGCAGUGUACUUUGCCAUGAAACCAGACCAAGUGAUUGUCCAUCGGAUGGUGGCAGCGAGAAAGCAGACCAUCAAACACUCCAUCAACCCACAUAGACAACACCAUCACGCAAAGAGCAACUCGAGUGUGGACCGAAGCCGAGCUAUUCUACCGCUGCCCAUGGCGACCAAUACGAUGAUGGCCGAAGCAUUUGUGCAAUCUUCGAAACGUCGCGGACACGGGAUAAUAUGAACGCGAUUGA